AUGACAACUAUGAUGGAACAGUUCCUAUCAUCGAACAUGUCAGUGAAUAAGAAACUUGAAGAUCUUAGUAUGCAAAUUACUGAUCUCAAAAAUUCACAAGCUGCUACUGUGGCUGACCUUUCGGAAGUUAAAAUUAGUGUAAAAACAAAUGCUGAGUCAAUUUCGGAGUUGAACUCGGAAAUUGAAAAAUUAAAAGAAGAUUAUAAAUCUAAUAUGAAUACAAUGCAUAAUAAUCUAGCAGAUCUGAACAAGAUAGUCAAUCUUGAAAACAGAGAAACUUCGUCUACUUCAUCUCUAUCAGGAAGUACAACUGAGUUGGUAAUUGCAGGUAUUCCCAAUUCGGUGGCUGAUAAUUUAUCGCCUUCUGAAAUUCAGUCUGCUGUUUUAAAUGCCCUAGAGUUGCCGCAUCUGGUCAGUGACGUUUUGAGCGUUCGCGAAUUUCAAAAUAAAAGUAGACCGAGACAAGAUAAGGUUAAUCAUUCUUAUCUUGUUGAUUUGAAGUCUUCUCGAGUGCGUGAUUUCAUUAUAAGUUCGAAACGCAAGUCAAAAAAUCUUUUAGCUAAAAUUGUGUUUCCGGACUAUGUUGAUCAAAACUUCAAAGGUGCUAUAUACGUCAAUGAAUUUUUACUGCCUGAGAUAUAUAAACUACUUUUACAAACUAAAGAAAAGGCUAAAUUAAAAAAGAUCAAGUAUGUUUGGGUGACAAGUGGACAAAUUUUUGCGAAAAGAGAUGAUGGCUCUGAAAUAUUUAAAAUUAAAUGUGUUUCUGAUCUUACUAAACUAGAUUAA